GGGAGUGCGGGGCAAUGCAGACAAUAAAAAACUGACCCCGAAUGAAUUCGAACCUUUCGCACCGCCGUCCCAAGCAGGAAUGCUGACUCAGCAAGUGAUUUGGAUGUGCCCACGCACUCCGCUUGACUAAACCACAAUUCUUCCAAUGAUUUUGACCCUUCGUCGCAUGUCUUCCUCAAUUUCGCCAUCGCUAGUAUCCCAAUGGUUCGACACCCCUUUCCCAUCAAAGAACUGCCCGGCCAGGAGACAGCGAUUGUCGAAAAUACUAAAGGCAUCAUCAUAUUGGCGGCGGGCGAGUGACUCCGUCUAUCAGAGAUCAGUUUCUGCGCCUUUGAGACCACUACGCCACCAUCGCGGGCUUCUGUCACCAUAGCACUCUCACUCUGGCCUUGUUCUCGGCUUACAUGACUUACACGACCCCUGUGUGAGGGAUCAACAGGCAUAAAAACACCCCCGCCAAAUAAAUGUCGUCGGUUCCCAUGAUCCGGGCCGGUGGAGGCUCGGGCAAGCCCAAGCCGAAGAAGCCCAAUCCUAUCCGCCGCAUCAUGAACCAGGAGCAGCGGGUCCGCGAGAGAUCUGUAGCCUCAUCUCCGUCUGCCGGCACGCCCAAUGCGGCAACACCGUCCAACCGCCCGGUGUGCAAGAACCCCCAAUGUGAUAAGUCCGAUGUGCGCGACGGAGCCUGCCAGAACUGCGGCCGCGUCGUAUGGGAGAGCAACAUCGUCGCUGAGGUCACUUUUGGCGAGAGCGCAUCUGGUGCCGCGGUUGUCCACGGUAGUUAUCUUGCAGCUGAUCAAGGUAGCAUCCGCCCGACUGCUGGCAGCCUUCCCUUUCGGCGCGUCGCUGGUUCUGGUGCCAGCGAGGCACGCGAACGCAGUCUUAGGGAGGCUAAGCAGCUUCUGAACCAGUUCGCAUACCAGCUGCAGAUCCCACCGCAUGUGGCCGAGAAGGCUUUUCAGACCUACAAGAUUGCGUCCACCAGCAACUUCAUCCAGGGCCGCCGCAAAAACACGGUUGCAGCCGUGUGUCUCUACGCCAUUUGCCGGAAAGAGGAUAAUAACAAGGUCAUGUUGAUCGACUUGGCGGACAUCAUCAAGACGGACGUCUUCCUGUUGGGCCGCUGCUACAAAGACCUCCUUAACGCACAUGGUCACCUGAAGGAGGGCACCAAGCCCAUCAUCAUCGAGGAUCUCAUUUUCCGCUUUGCCAGCAAGCUGGAGUUUCUCCACGACACCAACAAAGUGGCCCUCUCGGCCAUCCGUAUCGCCCAGCGCAUGCGCCACGACAACAUCACCCAUGGCCGAAGGCCUGCUGGCAUCUGUGGUGCCGCCAUCAUCAUGGCCGCUCGUGCACACAACUACCGGCGUACGGUUCGGGAGGUGGUCUACAUUGCGAAAGUCACCAUGGCGACCCUUCAAGAGCGCAUGGAAGAAUUUGCCAACGUGCCCGCGGCCCAGAUGACGAUCCAAGAAUUCGAAGAGGCCCGCAACCUUCCGGAGGCUUCGCACGAUCCCCCAUUCGUCUACAAACAGACGAAGGAGUGGCAAGAAAAUCACCCGAAGAAGGGCAGGAAAAGGAAGGCGGCGGCAAUCUCCCGGGAUGGCCAUCAGCCUGGUAACGGGGCGGAACAGCAAACCUCUGCGAAGCGGCAAGCCACGGCAACAUUCAACGAGUCCCAGCCGUCUCCAGUACUACUUAUUGACCCGGCACUCCAGGCUGGGACUACUGCCACCGAGGUACCCACGCUAUCCGUGCAGACGCUAUCGGAAGCAGUUCCGCCAACGUCCGGCACUGAUGAGGGUGCCUCCACCGGUCCCUUUCGCAAGCCCACUGCUGAUGAACUCUCUAUUGCGAACGCUGCAACGAAAGAUGCCGAUGAUCAGCUUCAAACCCUGGCAGAAGAGUUUGGCGACUCGGAAGAUGAAGAAUCCGAGGAGGAAAUCGAGGUGGACCCGAGCAGCGAGAUGGCCAUGGCGGCAGCGCAAGGGAUCCAGGUCCCCGGCAUGGAGAACAUGAGGAUUCGGCAAAGAGAGGCCCCUGCCGCCGCGGAGGAAGGUGGCAAAGACCCGGACAGUGGCAGUGGCGAUGCGGCUGGCAGGAAGAAGAAACCCAAGCCGAGAUUGCGUAUCGAUGAGGAAUGGGAGCUGGACGAGAACAACCUCGAGCAGGAGAUGCAAGGCCAUCUCAACGAUCCUGCCAUGAUUGGCGCCUCUGCCGUUAUUACGAGAGAUAUUGAGCAGCGACGCGAGGAAGAGUCUGCCGCUCGCAAGGCGCAACCUUCCAUCGCGGUGACCGAGGCCAAUGAUAAUCCUCCCGACAGCAGCGGUUCUGGCGCCACUACCGACCUACCGGUUCCUAACGGAUCCGACAAACGACUGACGCCUGCGUCCAAGGUCUCGGAUGAUCCUAUCGUCCACGAGGAUGAGUUCAAGGACGACCCGGAAGUCAUGUUUUGCAAGCUUUCCGAGAGAGACGUGCUAAUCAAGGAGAUGAUCUGGGCCAACCACAACAAGGACUACAUGCGCAAAAAGCAACAGAAGAUAUUCGAAGCCAAGGUUUCGAAGAAAGAACCCAAGCAGAGGAACGGCCGUCCCCGGAAGCCCCGAAUCGGAGAAGGUCAGACAACGCCCGCCAAUUCGGCCACAGAGGCAGCACAGAACAUGCUGCGUACGCGGGCCAUCAGCACGAAGUUGGACUACACGCGAAUGGGCAACCUCUUCGAGUUUUCGAAGGGAGGGCCCGGCAGCACGUAUGGCGGCACAAGUUCGAUCGGCAGUCGCAGCGCCCUCCCGAGCAGUGCGGGCAGCGACGCCGGGAGCGACAGCGGCGCGCAGGCCUCGAUGCCAACAGCUGCGUCCACAGCACGGGAGAGAGUUGCCAAGGCCCUUGCGCUUCCCGAAGAGCAGGAGGAGGAGGAGGAGGAAGAGGAAGAGGAAGGUGGCGCGGAGAUGUAUGAGAACGGAUUCGACGGCCCAGAGGGCUUUCAGGAUGACACGUUUGGAGAGGAGGAUUUUGAUCCCUUUGGAGAUAACAACGGCGGGGAUGACUACGAAGAGUGAGGCUCGGCUAAUUGCCGGACAGAUCAUGUUCGGCACAAGCGUUGCGGUGCUCGGGAUACCCGAUCUGGGCGUUAAAAUAGAGGCUGGGUGGGCGACCACAGGACGACCUCUUGCAGGACAGGCUUGAGAUUCAGCAUGUCAGUAAUAAAACAAGUAACAUUACUCCGAAGCGAUAACAGGAACUUGAACCGACGGAUUGUUUAACCCGACCGACUUUGUCUUCCAUUUCGUCUCAGAGGAAACGGGAACACGCCUGUAUUGAUCUCAGGGGUUUCGGGGCGCUCCUCUA